UACACAGCAUAUUUGAGCAGUAUGAAGAAGGAAGCAGAUACCACAAAGUACAACAUGAUUUUCACAUGACUGUGGACUUGUACAAAGUAAAACGGAAAAGCUGCCUGAAGGUCUACGUAUCUGAAUUAUCAGCAUAUAAGGUAGAAAAAUGCAUCUUACAUCAAACUCUUGGGUCUUGACGCCUAUAAAUGAGAACUACCUUGUGGAUAAUUUCACCAAACACUCCAUUAACUCCACUUCAAUAGACAAUUCUUCAACGUGCUCAAUAGAUGAAACAUCACUUGGUGUUGCUUUAGUGGUUUUCUAUUCUUUCAUUUUUAUUGUGGGAUUGUUAGGCAACAUGUUGGCCUUAUACGUGUUUCUGUGCAUCCACAACAAAAGAAACUCUGUACAAAUUUACCUCCUCAACGCAGCAAUAGCUGACCUGCUACUGAUUUUCUGUCUUCCAUUCCGAAUAAUGUAUCACAUCACCCAAGAGUGGAAACUGGGAAUUGUACUCUGUAAAGUUGUUGGCAACUUAUUCUACAUGAACAUGUAUAUUAGUAUUGUCCUUUUGGGUCUCAUAAGUAUGGAUCGCUAUGUAAAAGUUAAGAGGUCACAGCGAAGCCGGAACGUUUCAAGGAGGAAAUGCAGUAUUCAGAUCUGCUGCAGCUUGUGGGCAGUAGCCAUUUUGUCAGGCAUCUUUCAUAUUGCAACACAGUCAAUUAAGGACCAAUCAAGUGACAAUGUUUGCUUUCAGUAUACAAAAAGGACAGAUGCAAUUUGGCAAGCAGCAUUUAAUUACUUUAUUGUACUGAUCUUCUGGAUAGUAUUUAUUAUGCUGAUCCUGUCAUAUGUGAAGAUAGGCAAGAACCUACGCAAGAUUUCCAGGGAGCGUGCCUACCUACCAAAUGCUGGAAAAUAUUACAUCACAGCUUACAAGUCAUUUUUUGUACUCUUCAUCUUUACCCUGUGCUUUGUACCUUAUCACACCUUUAGGAUUGUUUAUAUUACAACACAGCUGCAAAAUAUCUCAUGUUAUUGGAUUGAGAGAGUUCACAAAGCAAAUGAGAUCACACUGGCGUUGUCGGCUUUCAAUAGCUGCCUGGACCCGAUCAUGUAUUUCCUAUUGUCUAGCAGUGUCCGUAAAACAGUGUUUCGCCUGCUUUGUAAAAGCAGCCGGGAAAGUAGCAGGAGUGAAAGCAACACAUCAGACCUGCAUCACGGAUAUACUCUACCUGACAGUGUGCCCACUGUAUAUUCUCAGACUGCCACUCCUCUUAAUCAACGAAGAAUUAUCACAAAGAAAAAAGAGAAGAUAUGCAUCAAAAAAAUCUGAAUUUAAAAAAAAAAG